AUGAAGUCCUCGCUUGCUCUUUUCAUCAGCCUCGCAGUGGUCUUUGCUUCAGUAUCUGGUCUCGCAGUCGAACGUCGUGGCAAUAAGCCAUUCAAUGUUUACCCGACUCUGGCUCCCGAAGGUGCACCCGUUGAGCAGCGUGCGAACAAGCCUUUCAACCUCUACCCUACUUUGGCACCCGACGGCGAGCCAGUAGAGCAACGUGGUGUCAAGCCUUUCAACGUCUACCCAACCUUGGCGCCUGAAGGUGCACCGGUCGAACAACGUGAAAAUAAACCUUUCAACCUCUACCCCACUUUGGCACCCGAAGGUGCGCCAGUUGAGCAGCGCGCCAACAAGCCUUUCAAUGUGUAUCCAACGCUCGCGCCCGAUGGUACGCGUGUUGAAGAGCGCGCAAACAAGCCUUUCAAUGUUUAUCCGACCUUGGCGCCCGAAGGUACGCGUGUCCAGGAGCGUGAAAACAAGCCGUUCAAUUUGUACCCAACUCUCGCUCCGGAUGCUAAACUCGUGGGAGCUCGCGCAACGGAGUCCGCGUUCAAUAUCUAUCCCACGCUUGUGCAGGAGUAG